AGGCGGCGUGGAGGCGCGCGCCCGUGCCCACACCCGGCAUGGCGGCCGGCGGCUUCGGCAGCGCUGUCGUUCCGUUCGCUCGGGCCAGGUAGCGGGGGUUCUCGGCUUCCCGUUCUCGGCAUGGCCGCCAAGGGGGCUCGGCAGCGGCUGCGAGCUGGAGGUGGCGGGGAGGCGGCCCGGCCGCGGUCGGAGGCCGCGGUCACGGAGGAAGCCCGCUUGGAAUCACCUGGGAGCAAAGCAGGACAAGUUUGGGCUCCUGAAGGAUCAACGGCUUUUAAGUGUCUCAUUUCAGCCAGGUUCUGUGCAGCUCUCUUAAGCAACAUCUCUGACUGCGAUGAGACCUUUAACUAUUGGGAACCGACGCACUACCUCGUUUAUGGAAAGGGGUUUCAGACAUGGGAAUACUCUCCAGCCUAUGCCAUCCGCUCCUAUGCUUACCUGUGGCUUCACGCCUUACCAGCUUUGUUCCAUGCUAGAGUUCUACAAACUAAUAAGGUUCUUGUCUUCUACUUUCUCCGAUGCUUCCUGGCCUUCCUGAGCUGUGUUUGUGAACUCUACUUCUACAAGGCUGUAUGCAAGAAGUUUGGGUUACAUGUGAGCCGGCUGAUGUUGGCCUUCUUAGUACUCAGCACUGGGAUGUUUUGCUCAUCUGCAGCUUUUCUCCCCAGCAGUUUCUGCAUGUACACCACGGUGAUUGCCAUGACUGGCUGGUAUAUGGACAAGACCUCUGUAGCUGUGCUGGGGGUGGCUGCUGGAGCCCUUCUGGGCUGGCCCUUCAGUGCAGCUCUUGGGCUUCCUAUUGCCUUUGACUUCUUGAUACUGAAACAGAGGUGGAAAAGUUUCCUCAACUGGUGUGUGGUGUCAUUGAUCCUGUUUUUGGUGCCCUUGGUAGUUGUGGACAGCUAUUACUAUGGGAAGCUGGUAGUUGCGCCUCUCAACAUUGUUUUAUACAAUGUCUUCACCUCUCACGGACCUGAUCUCUAUGGAACAGAACCCUGGUCCUUCUAUUUCAUCAAUGGCUUUCUGAAUUUCAACGUGGCAUUUAUUUUGGCGCUGCUUGUGCUGCCAUUGACUUGUCUCAUGGAGUGUCUGCUUCAGAAAUUUCAUGUUCAGAAUCUGGGCCGUCCCUACUGGCUGACACUAGCUCCUAUGUACAUUUGGAUCAUGAUUUUCUUCAGUCAGCCCCACAAAGAAGAGAGGUUUCUCUUUCCCAUCUAUCCCCUCAUCUGCCUCUGUGGUGCUGUCGCUCUCUCUGCUCUUCAGAAAUGUUACCACUUCAUAUUCCAGCGCUACCGCCUGGAACACUACACAGUCUCCUCCAACUGGCUGGCUCUGGGGACUGUCUUUCUCUUUGGCCUUUUGUCCUUGUCACGCUCUGUUGCCUUAUUCAGAGGCUACCAUGGGCCCCUGGAUCUCUACCCGGAAUUUCACAGGAUUGCUUCUGACCCAAGCAUUCACACCGUGCCAGAGGGGAGACCGGUUAAUGUGUGUGUGGGAAAGGAGUGGCACAGAUUUCCAAGCAGCUUUCUCCUGCCAGAUAAAUUGACAUUUCCAAAUGCCACUAUCUCGUGGACUUGGAUACAGCAGCUGAAACCCCAAGGGAGCCAAGGUACUCUGCCAACAAAGAAGACUGGGUAACCGUUGCCUACAAGCCAUUCCUAGAUGCUUCCAGGUCCUCAAAGCUGCUGCGUGCAUUCUACGUCCCUCUCCUCUCAGAACAGUACACAUGGUAUGCAAACUAUACUAUCCUGAAAGCCCGGAGGUUGAAGCAAACCAGGAAAAAAAUGGGAAGCUAGCAACACACCUGGGCAUCAAAAUCAAGGGCAUCUGCUGAACACUCUUGGACAACUGCCUAAGCCAUCUUCAGUCCCCUUUUUGAAAGACUGUGCUUAUAAGAUUCAUGAACAAAGAUUUCCCAUGAAGUGAUUUCACUCUGCAAGCUUCCAGCUGUAAAAAGGGUGCAUCAUCUGCUUUCAGUUCUCGGUGUCAGGUCUCAGCUCUGCCUACACGGAACAUAUUGGUAAGAAACCAUUUGAAAAUCCAGCAGCCACCUACGAACGUAUUAUCCCUGCUGCUCCCUGUGUUAUUAUAUAUUACACCAGAGAAGAGAAAGAUGGAAAAGAAAAAGGAAUGACAGUGUGAGGUUCUACUCUAGGUUGCAAUCGGGCACUGGGAAAAUCCAGCUCAGCCUCUCUCUCCCACUGCCCCACAUCCACUGUCCUCAUCCGCUUAAGUAGUGGUCACCUUCUCCUGUGGAAUUAUUUUCAGGUAACAACAUUUAGGAUUUUUUUUCUUAAAAAAACAAAAGCAAGGGGAAGAGGAAAACACCUGAGAGACAAUUAACUGCCAUGCACUGAACCUCAAGGAAUGAAGUAGCACACACCACAGAAAGAGCCUGAAGUUGCUCUGUCCAGGAGACACUUUCAAGGAUGUGCUUUUGGGAUAAAACCCCUCAAACUUAGGAGUUGAAUCAGUUAUCUGCUUUAAUGGAAUCCAGGGUGAGGGUUUUAUGUGUGAAAGCAAGGGUUUGUUUGCUAUUUGUAAUGAUUUUGUAACAAUACCUGUAAUAUCCUCUGAAUUCUAGACUACAGCAUCUUAAAAUUUCUGGAAACAUCCAGAGAGGAGAGUAAGGAUUAAACCUUUUCUUUGCAGUUCUGUUUCCCAGAAUAGACAGUGUGUGUUAAAUUAGUACAAUAUGCUUCAGAGCAAUGCUGUAUUUAUUAUAUCUCCAUUUUUAAAACAUGCAGUAUCAGAAGCUAGAUGGAGUUGUUUUCACUCACAUCCUUGGAUUUCUGUGGGGAAGAGAUGGCAUGAGAUGGAGCAGAGAGGAAGUUCCUUUUCCCAAAAUGCUGCACAACCUCAGUGCUCCACUGUGAUUAGAUUGGUGUGUGUGUGCAGUGACAGAGCAGGUGGAUCAAGAAGCAGAUCUGUAUGUUUGGAAGCUGUUAGGAUACAAACAGUAGAGCAUGUGCCUCUGAAGAUACAUGUGUUGGUCCAGGUGCAGAAUGCAGUGCUAGGGAGGUUUCUUGGGUUGUCUGCAGGUUAACAGCUGAGCAGGAUGUGAAGGACAGGCUCUACCGAUGAGGCAGUGAUCUAACAGGCUACUACUGGGACAAAGCAGGAGGAACUGGAUGAGGAGCAAGGCAUGGGUUGAAUAUAUCAAAUGAAAUAAAAUAUCACCCUUCAUAAGAGUCAAAGGUGGAGUUUCAAGGUUUUCGUCCAAGAAACUGGUGUGUUGGCUGAGUUGGUCUGGAAGCUCAGAGUCACAUUGCAGAUCAGUGGUGCAGUGUCUGUCUUCAUACUAUUCCCCCACAUACCUCCAGCUGGCUCUACCCCUCAUAAAAGUUUACAUAUGUGGAACAGGGCUUUAUGGUGCCUGUAAAUCAAAACCAAAAUUCUUGCCCUGCUUGUUGCCUCUCCCUUUGCUAAUCCUGACCUUAAAUCAAAUAAAGAAACAAAUGCACCUCUCA